GGCUCUUCAGUCGCCUUUUGUCAACGAAAUGACGCUCUCUUUGGCCGUCGACUCCAACCAAUCGCUGUCCUCGCAAUUGGAUCACGUGUUCGCCGAAGUCGACGCCCGACUCGUCCGCGAGAGUCCCGAUUUGGCGGCCGUGUGUCGCGACCUCCUGCCGCGCACCCGCCGUCUCGUCGCCGCCGCCAAGAACUAUGACUUUAGAGAUGUGGAGGCGAACGGGUUCUGGACGUUCGCGCGCCUCGUCUUGCGCUUCGGUCACGUGGUCUGCGUGUCGCCCGAACACCACCUGCGCGCCCACCUCUUGCCCGUCGCCAAAGUGCUCAGCGCAGGCCUCGACCUCUGUGACCAAUUCCUCGCCUCUUCUUCGGACGACCUCUUCGGCACUCCUCCGCAACACUUCCCGCAGUUGUUGCGCGUCUUCGGCGACCUUCAGCCGCAUCUCGAUAUCGUGUACGGCGUCUACUCGUCCUUCUGGUUGUGUCCUUCGAUGCGACGAGUGGUCAACGGAUUCACGGCUUUAAUGGCCGUCUAUUCGGGCGGAGAGAAGCAGUCGUGGAUCCACUCCUCGCGCACUCUCUUCGACCAAACACUUCGCGCACAAACCGUCGCUCACAUCGCGCAGAACGCCUCCGUCCAGUUCGUGAAAAGCUUUUGGGGUCUAACGGAAACGCCGUUCGUUCGCAACACUCUUCCGCUUCUCUCUCCGCCCCUAAACUGCGCCGCAAAAGACCUCUUCGUUCCCUCGCAGACCACGUGGACAAUCAGUGCGACCGACGCAUCCGUCGCGCGCACCAAAGACCGCCAAACACUUCCCGACAUUCGCUGUCGUCUUCUGCAGAGCCGCGCGCCCGACGCCGCGACGGACGCCAUUGUCCUCCACCUUCACGGCGGCGGAUUCGUCGCGCAGUCGCCGGACUCCCACGAAGUGUACCUUGGUCAGUGGGCCGUGAAGCUGUCGCAAACGGCGAUCCUUUCCGUCGACUACGCGUUGAGUCCCGAAAACAAAUACCCGACGGCUUUGCAGCAAAUCCUCGACGUCUACCUCUGGCUCGCGAGCGACGCCUGUGUGCCGGCGCUCGGCUACCGGCCCCGACGCGUCGUCGUCUGCGGAGACAGCGCCGGCGGCAACCUUUCGCUCGCUCUCUGUCUCGUCGUUCACGACAUUUGCCGCGAAGGAGAACCGCUUUUGCGGCCCAAAGGCGUCGUCUGUUUCUACACGCCAUUCAUGCUUCAGACGCGCGGAUCGCCGUCUCGUCUCAUGACAGCCGUCGACACUCUUCUGCCGCUCGGAGUCCUUCUCUCGUGUCUCGAGGCCUACGCGCCGGACGCCGACAUCGACUGCGUAGACGCCGACUUUGAGCUCAUUUCUCACGACGAGAUUCCCGCCGACGAAGAGUUGCCGCAAAUGACGUCACAAAACCUCCAACUCGUCAACCGAUUCGCGCGAUUGCGACACAAACUCUCGCCCUCCGCCUCCACUUCCCCUCCGAAGCCGUGGUACCGGUGCCCGGAGACGCCGUUGGCCGCGAAACUGCUUUCACUGAACGCCGCGACGAACAACGCGUACGUCUCGCCACUGAUGGCCGCGAACCUCGACUUCCACGACAUUCCUCUCUAUCUCGUGGCUCUCGUAUACGACGCCUGUCUCGACGACUCCAUCCAAAUGGCCAAGAAGUGGAACGGUCCCGUCUGUCUUGACGUCGUUGACGGCCUUCCGCACGGAUUCCUGAACUUCGUUCUCGUCUCAGAAGACGCCAAACGCGCGGCCGAUCUCUGUCUCGAUCGCGUCCAACAGGCGCUCACGUGA